GUGUCCGCAAGCCCAUAUCUACCCGUCGACACAAACUGGCUACGGUUAUAGCUUAGAACUCUUGAACGCUGAGCGAAGACAGCAUCUUUGGGCGCCUGUGAUUGUCUCGUAACAUCACCGAAACCUUAUCCGGCGCUUGGACGCGAUCACACCGACCACUAUGUCAGGCAAUGAUCGACCCAGGGGCAUGCCCCUGCUUAGUGGACCUCCACCCGGUCCCGGCGGGUCAGAGAAGAACUGCAGGAAGUGUGGAAAGGAUAUCGGCGGGAUCUUCACUAGGGCGCGGCGGUGUCAGCACUGCGGAUUCAAGUAUUGCUCGUCAUGUUCGGACUAUCAGGCUCUGAUGCCGAGGCAGGGCGCCGACCAGUCUGGCUACGAUGUCGUGAACGUGUGCGGGUUCUGCAUCGACUAUCUGAAUAUCACUGCAUCUAGUCCAUCACAGCUCAGAACGCAGAAGCUCGGCAAGCUGAAAGAAUAUUUGGACGCAUACAACGUCGAUCGCAAGGGAGCACUUGAGAAAGAUGACUUGAUAAACACGAUCGUCGCCGCAAGAGGACAAGACGGAUGCCUCCCGUAUGAGAACGAAGAGUAUUAUCGGCGUCAUUCCGUGCCCAACAAUGCCCCAGCUUCUCCGAACCGCAACUUCUUCCAGCGCACGGUUGAUAACGCGACGAACGCGUUCCAGAACGCCACGUCAAACUUGGGAUCAGGCUCAGGUUCUGCCGGCAACCGACCGCCACCUCAGCAGCAACACCCUCAACCGCAGUUCUAUCCUCCAUACGGGCAUCCACCGUAUCCACAGCCAGGACCAGGCUAUCCCGGCCAGCAAUACCAUUACCAGUACCCACAAUACGGGUACCCUCCGCAACCAUAUCCCUACGCCGGGGCCGGAUAUGCACCACCUCCAGGCGCGCCUCCACCAAACUGGCAGUACCCGCACCCGCAACCCGCUCCUAACGCCUCGCCCUACUCGCGCCCAGCCGCUUCGGCCUCGCACCACAACCUCAACACGCCACAAACAGCCAGCUUCGGGCCGACAUCGCCGCGUCCGUCCAGCCAAUCACAACAACAGGGACGCCCGCGGACGCAGUCCGCCUCCGCCUCCGCCCCGCCUCCGCGCCCUCCGCCUCCUCAGCGGCGCGAUACGGACGUGCCGACGCUCGAACGGCUAUCGGACAUGCCGCGCGAGGACGUGGCGAAGCUGAGCGUGCACGUGCUGAAGGAGGUGCUGCACCGGAACCACGUGUUGCCCGGCCCGGUACUCGAGAAGGAGGAGCUGGUGAACAAGGUGGUGCGGAUGGUGGAGGAGGAACGGCGCGAGCGCGAGCGGGCGGACGCGAUGCGGGCGCGAGAGGAGGAGGCGAUGCGGAUUGCGAGAGAAGAGGCUGAACGCGCGAGGGAGGAGAGGGAGAGGGAGAGGGAGGAAAGAGAACGGGAGAGAGAAGCGGCGAAGGAGAGGGAGGCGAGGAGGGCGACGGUGGAGGAUGUGGAGGAUGAGGGAAGUACGAAUGGUGCCGAGGCUGAGACGUCGGAGGAGGCGCCGUCCGAGCAGCCUGGCGAAGGAGGUCAGGGAGCGCCAUUGGCAGCGGAAGGGACGCCACAGCAAACUACACCAGCUGCACCGAGACCGUUGUCUCCUAGGGCAAAGGAGAUGGCUGCUACGCUGGAGCGAAAUGGCCUCUGCGUUAUUUGUCAAGACGAAGAGGCCAACAUCGCCAUCGUGGACUGCGGACAUCUAUGCAUGUGCCGCGAUUGCUCAGAUCUGGUCAUGAAGAGUACCCGGGAGUGCCCGCUGUGCAGGACCCGCAUCGUCACCGAACAGCGGCUGUUGAGGAUAUACAGGACAUGACCGUUCGACAUGCGUACGUCCUAUGUUGUGAUCUCCUCGCGUUCGUUGUUUGCUGUCUGUUGCUUCUUCGCAUGUAGUAUGGAAUGUAUCAUAAGUAUGUACUCCGCCAAUAAU